AUGGGAGAUGAUUUUGUAGCCACAAACUUGUUUCUAAUGGCUCCUGAGACAUGCUGGUGGCGAGACUGUCGCGAUAUGAACCCGGUUCAUAUCGCUGCCAUCAAUGGACAUGUCAAUAUCUUGGAGGAGUUUCUUCAAAUUAACUCACCUUCUUCCAUGGAGAGGGUGCAUCGUGGAGAUACAUUGCUGCACUUAUGCAUUAAACACAAUCAGUUGGAUUGCUUGAAGUUUUUGGUGGGCAAGUUGGGAGAGCUUGUGUGGGCAAAGGAUGACGAUGGCGACACAAUUUUGCAUUUGGCUGUUAGAUUCAAUCAACUCGAGACCGUUCGAUACUUGGUGGAACACACGAAAAUCGAGAAGCAGGCACGAAACUUGUUGGGAAAAACAGCACUGCAAAUCUUGAACGAGAGCCCACACAGAAUAUACUAUUCAGAAAUGAAAAAACUAUUGAAGAUUCCGUCAACUAAUAAAAUAUCAAAGGUAUUCCCCAACCUGACCGACACGACAAUGGUGGUGGUGGGCCUGAUAGCGACCAUGGCAUUCCAGGCCGCCAUCAGCCCUCCAGGGGGAGUGUGGCAGGAAGACACGACAUCACACAAGGCUGGCGAUGCAGUGAUGGCAUAUACUCAUCCCAAACUAUACAAACAGUUUGUUCAUGCUAACAACACAGCCUUCGUUUCAUCAAUCAUCACAAUCUUCCUCAUCACAACCCGACAACCAUCUGGACGCAUUCUUUUCUUGCUCAUCUCCUUGUUUGCAAUGUGGGUGUCACUCGCAUCUAUUGCACUCAGCUAUGGAGCUUCUAUAACGGUUGUCUCUCCCAACGCAGAAACACAGUCACUUGUUCCUGUUAUAACCAUAGUAGUUGUUGUGUCGUUAGGCGUCAUCGGAUUCAUAUUUUUGUAUAAUAUUAUAAGGGAAUGGCACUUGCAUCGGACAAGCAAUCCAGCUGUCGGAAUAUUAGAGACAUCGACCAAUAGAGUCCUCUCCCAAGUUGGGCGUGUUGUUCGAAGCUCGGACGAUUCUGUAGAAUUAGAUUGGGGAAUUAUCAGUUAA